AACACACAUACACUAGCACUGCAUAUACAUACUACGUUGUCAUACACAACCACAUCAUACAUACACACAUUAUAUUAGAAAUGUCAAAUGACUCCUUGGUUACCGGACGAGUGAUAGGAGAAGUGUUGGACCCUUUCCGUACCACCGUUGAUAUGACUGUACUCUAUGACGGUAGGCCGAUCAUCAAUGGUAUGGAGUUCCGCUCACAGGCAGUGUCGGGCAGGCCGACGGUCGAGAUCGGAGGCGACGAUACUAGCGCGACAUAUACCCUAGUCAUGGUGGAUCCAGAUGCUCCAAACCCUAGCAAUCCGACCUUGAGGGAAUAUCUGCACUGGAUGGUGACCGAUAUCCCGGCAUCAACAGACGACACAUACGGCCGGGAGGUGGUGUGCUACGAGAGCCCGGCGCCGGCGACGGGGAUCCACCGAAUGGUGCUGGUGCUCUUCCGGCAGCUCGGCCGGGGCACGGUGUUCCCGCCGUCCAUGCGCCACAACUUCAACACCCGCAGCUUCGCCCGCUGCUACAACCUCGGCGCGCCCGUCGCCGCCAAGUACUUCAACUUCCAGCGCCAGGCCGGCUCCGGCGGCCGGAAGUUCACCGGGCCCUACACGAGCCGCCGCCAGUAACCUUAAGAUCCAUCCAGCUCAAAUACCUAGCUUAUGCAUGUUAUCGAUCACACAUACGAUGCGUACGCGGUGUAUCCAUGACAAACUUACCGCCGUCGAUCAACUAUACAAGACUAGGAAUAAGCGAAUAAACAUAUGUAAAAAUAAUGGCCGAUGGGGAGAGACAUGGUGUUUAAUUAGGAAGAACGACGCAACAUCACCAAAAUUGCUAGUGAGAACAUUCGAACUUAGCUAGGUGGAAAGGCAUCAACCCCUUCUUAUUACUAGCUAGACUAUCCUUGGUCUGCAAUAAACGUAUGCAUAUAGCUUCAUACACAUAGAUGGAUGCAUAAUGUAUCUCCAUUUGUACUUCUCUUCUUGUUCUUUGAGGAUAUUGUACUGCUAUUGUAUAGAAUGUGGGGAAAAAUAUUGCAAUGAAA